AUGUCUGACGAUGAGAUGAACAUUGAUGAGGGUGGUACUGGCGUUGUCAGGCGGAAGGGCAGAGGUUUUCAGAGUGCCGGAGGUAAUGAGAGUGCGGUAACUUCGGAACAAACCUUUGACCGGGUAGAGUCGUCUCAGGUAACGGAAACGCGAGCUGCUCGCUCUGUGGAGGGGUGGAUUGUCCUCGUUACCAACGUUCACGAAGAAGCAACAGAAGAGGAUCUUAUGGACAAGUUUGGGGAAUACGGAGAGAUUAAAAACUUGCAUCUGAACCUUGAUCGGCGAACAGGAUAUGUCAAGGGGUAUGCUCUAGUGGAGUACGAGACUAUGGCGGAAGCACAAGCAGCGAUUGACGGUGCGUCAGGUACCGCCCUCCUGGAGCAGACGUUACACUGCGACUAUGCAUUUGUGCGGCCUCCACCUUCGGGACCCAAAAAGGGGAGAGGUCGUGAAGGCCGUGGACGGAGUGCGAGUCCCUCUCGUAGACGGGACAGAGAUUGA